GAGGGAUCCAGAUCAUCAGACAGGAUCUGGUUCAUCUUUAUCGGGCAGACUGCCACGUCAGGAGGUCUCUUCCUCUGCGUCUUCACGAGACCGCCCGCCAGGUCAAAAAGGCUCUUCCUCUUCGUCUCCGCCGAGGCCUCCAGAUGUCGACCAACCUGAGUGGACCAAUACUCAAUCCUCGACGAAACUCGAUGAAAAGGGUUGUAGGCGCGAAGAACAGAAAACGAAUCUUGAUGAUACAUCUCCAAGAGAACAACAUAGAGAUGACCAGACGUCAACCAGACAAGAGACAUCAAUAAAUGAAAUGGCGGACGACGAAGAGGAAGAAGGGGCAAAAGAGACUCCGGAUCCACGGAUCAUUUCCGAUGCAGCAGAGUCUACUUCACUUAGUCCGCAGCAUGUAGUGCAGAAGCAGGAGAGACAACAUGCGCGACGCGAGAGGCUGGCCAGUGUGGCGCCAAGAUCAAGCGUCAGCACUUCUAGCAUGCAGCGGAGUGUCGACGGUGGCUCGCCAAACAGCCGGCCUGCGAAAUCUGCGCGAGUUCUACCGCCUCCCCCCGCUCCCGACGGGGAAAAUUACACUAGUAUUUUUAGGAGAAGACGGACUAAGGACGUGGUGCCCUCAGCGAGAGAUCAUCCUUUCAACAGGUCGGAUCACGAUAGAAUACAACAGGGAGAGUCUUCUAAUAGCCCUAGUCCCGGUCCGGCUAGACGAGGAGCAGCGGCGCGGAGCGCCAGCAGAGACAGGAGGCCCCAGCGAAGGACACCGGGCGACAACUACAGGCGACAAAACCAUAAUGUGCG